AUAAUUAAUGGUAAUGAUUAACUGACUUCUGUCUCAGAAGGAAUUAUUUCAGAGAUGACGUACCUGCUGAACUUUUUUCGUAACGGAAGCUACAAAUGCUUUCUACUAAAGUAAGGAUUCAAAAAGUUCAUGCUUUCCAUUUAAAUUGUAUCAAACAACUUAAGAGCCAAAAUGAAUAUUUGGGACAAUAUAAAGAAAGAUUUCGCAUCAGGAGAUCCUGUAAUCGUUGACUGGGCCUUAAUGAAGCCAGACUAUCUGCCAUUUCUCCUUUCUGUUUUGUAUUUGUUGUUCGUAAAGCUCCUGGGUCCAAAUAUGAUGAAAGGACGGAAGCCUUUCAAAUUACGCAUUCCGAUGAUUGUCUACAACUUCGCACUAGUUUUUGCUUAUGCUGCGUGUGUGACUAGAGUACUUUAUUUGUGUUUUACGACAAAUGUCUAUAAGUAUUGGUGCAUAUCUGGAUCAGCAAGGCAAAGUCCACAAAUAUACGAGGUAGUCGUAAUAUCAUGGAUUAUUUACCUGUUGAAGUAUGUGGAAUAUUUGGAUACAAUAUUUUUUGUUCUAAGAAAGAAGUAUCAUCAGAUUACAACUCUGCAUGUCUUUCAUCACUCAUUAAUUCCAAUAUGCUGUUGGAUGGUGUUCCGAACUGAAAAAAGUUUAUUUCAAGUAACUCCUGGCAUUAUUAAUGGUGUGGUACAUGUCAUAAUGUACACCUAUUAUGGGCUUGCUGCUGCUGGAGUAAAGCAAGAAUAUUUAUGGUGGAAAAAGUACCUAACUCGGCUUCAAAUGGCACAAUUCAUAGUGGUCAUCAUCCUGCAAAUAUAUGCGACACACAUGGGCUGUUAUUCAUCUUUUAUAAGUUUCUACAUGGUUACAUUCUUGUGCAUGUCAUUUUUCAUACUUUUUGGAAAUUUUUACAUACAGACCUACAACUUGAGCUGUAAAAAUGGACCGAGAAGAAGUAUUUUUCACAUUGAUUAAGAGUAAUAAAACGUAACGGAUCCAUAAUAAUAUCUUUUCAGUUUUCAUCUAGAAAGAAAGAGACGUAGAUGGAUGCAAAGAAUAAAAUCGAUAUGAAGGUGAAAUUUCUGAUGUAAAUAAAGGAGUUUAUUUUUCUAUUC